CUGCUAGCUUUUGGAUGGGGUCUCUAUCUAUCUAUCUAUCUAUCUCUCUCUCGCUCUCUCUCUCUCUCUCUCUCUUUCUUCAUAUUCUUUGAGUUUCUGAAUAGAAGGAGAUUGGAGACCAAAUCAGAGAUAACUAAUGAGAAAACCUUGCUGUGAUAAAGAAGGCACCAACAAGGGCGCUUGGUCCAAGCAAGAAGACCAAAAGCUCAUCGACUACAUACGAAACCACGGCGAAGGCUGUUGGCGUUCUCUCCCCAAGGCUGCAGGUUUGGAUCGUUGCGGCAAAAGUUGCAGGCUUAGAUGGAUAAACUAUCUCAGACCAGACAUCAAACGCGGUAACUUCGGUCAAGAUGAAGAGGACCUCAUCAUCAAGCUCCAUGCCCUCCUUGGCAAUCGGUGGUCACUCAUAGCCGGAAGGCUACCAGGACGGACAGACAAUGAGGUAAAGAACUAUUGGAACUCUCACAUCCGGAGAAAGCUAAUAAGCAUGGGUAUUGAUCCAAAUAACCACAGGCUAAACCAGAUUCCUUCUCGGCCUCAACCUAAGUGCGACGUUUCUGUAGCUGAAACAUCUUCUGAGUCAAUGAAUAAUGAGCGUAAGCCGCUGAAAUCCUUUGGCAAGACCGAUAGGCCGGUUUCUGAAGGUGCCAGUAGUGAUCUUGAAGAUGAAAUGCCUGGUUCUUUGGACUUGAAUCUCGAUCUCACAAUUGCCUUUCCUUCUCCCCCUGUUACCCUCGUGGAAGAGAAGCGGCAAAUUAGUUCCAAGGCCAUUGGGACAGGUGAAUUAUUGGAAAGUGAACCUGCUCCUACACUCAUCCUUUUUUAGAUUUAAGAUUUGUAUGCUAUUUUAUAUUUUAUAGACAAAUUGAAUCAUGUUCUAAAUAUUCCUGUCCUGGAAUCGGAGAAAGAAACAGCAGCCCAUUAUAACGCGGUACGUCCAAAACCAGGAUGGAAUUACAUGCAUGAAUUAUAUAUACGUGGCUAAAUUGUUGAUAAUGUUUCAGUUAGUACGUUGUACAGCUCAGAACAUGAAAGCUCAGAAGAAUAGCAUAUAAAUUAAAUGAGAGAUGGAGUAGUCUAGUCCAAUCAUCAGACAUUGAUGCAUGGAAGGUGAUCUGUUCAUGUAAUAUUACAGCUAGCUAGAGCUCAAUUAAGAUCACUAAUGUGGGAUGAUCAUGAUCAUAGGACUAUGCUGUAUAUGUUAUUGAUGAUCUGUAGAACUACUGAUUAAUUAUAUAUUUAUUUGAAGGAUGAACUUCAUUAUGAUCA